CCCUCCUCCUAUGGUCCUGCUGGAGUAGGGGUGUGCAGCUUCUCGUCCCGCCCCUGCCUCUGAGUGACAGCAGCGUGGACAGCUGCCCACCCGGCCGGACCCGCAGUUGGGCCGCCCUGGCUGUGCUACGCUGAGUAAGAAAAAUCAACCAAGAGUGUAAUUUUUGGUGACUGGAAUUGAGUUUGCCUGGAAUGCAGCACAGCUUCUGAGGCCUUGCUUUGGGAAACAUCUCUGUUUUGGCCGCUUUCCAGAGUUCAGACUUGGCAGCAUCAAGGACACAGUGUAAGCAGGUAUUUGGGAGAUCAAAGAUGGGUAGAAAAGACUCAUCCACUACAAAACUUCCUGUCGAUCAGUACAGAAAGCAAAUUGGUAAACAGGAUUAUAAAAAGACCAAACCUAUUUUACGAGCAACCAAAUUAAAAGCAGAAGCAAAGAAAACUGCAGUAGGCAUAAAGGAAGUCGGCCUCAUGCUUGCAGCUAUCCUGGCCCUACUACUGGCUUUCUAUGCUUUCUUUUACCUCCGACUGUCCACGAAUAUUGACUCUGAUCUGGACCCAGAUGAAGAUUAGCUGAGCAGCAAUCAGUAAGGAAGGGAAAUAAUGCUGAUAAGAGCAUCAUUGGAGGCAAAUAUUUUGCCAAUUUCCAAAUCUAGAACAUUUUGAAUAUUUUCUUCUUGGUACUGUCAGUUUGCAGAAAUAUCUUUGUGCCUAUUGGCAUGAAGUAUCUGGAAAUUUUAC